GGUCAGCCAAAAUAAACACAACUGGCGCUGUGCGUCUCUCUCCUCGUUAUGUAGAUUCUGUGCAACACGGGCAGAGAUGACCCAAGGGAUUUGCGUAGUGCAUUCUUGUAAGUAUACUUCACUGCAGGACAGAGAGGAAGGCAUCAGAGGCAAGCCAAAUAUGACCAAACUAUGCCCGGGGUUAGAUUACUCAUUCAUCACUGGACAAAAGGAAUGUGUGCGGAACUUUGGUCUUUGAAAACGUUGCCAGCCUAUGCAGAUGUAGAAACAACGUUGGAUCUUGGUAGGUUGGUCAGAAUGUUGCACGCCGUUCCAGGUCAAAUCGACUUGGUAUGCGCAACCUAGUUCAGGGGUGUGCGUUUGCUUUCCAUCGACAUGUGGCGCUGUUUCCCCACAACACCCUCUUGCUCUACUUUUGUGCCAUAUGCGGAAUAUUAGGUAUGCAUGAAUUAAGUCGCUGUAAAGAAUUUUCAAAAUAAAACUUGUCAUCAUACUCCUGCGUUCACGAAAUUAUGGAGUGACAGUCCAUAAAGAAAAGAGCCAUGGGCACAUACGGGCUACGGAAGUCCCGGUUACGUUGGGGGUUACGUUGAAGUUAGUCAAUCUCCACUUCCUGUUGAGCGGAACAUCCCGCUGCAUCAGUCUCCUCUGUAUCCAUGGUGGAUCACUUUCUUUUUGAUAUAUUUCCUGAAAACCUGUCGUUUUACUUUCGGAUCGACGCCAAGGACUGAUGUGACCUGAUCUCGGCCUAUUUACGUCCAUUAUGUGAGAGCAGUUGUGCAUUCAAGCUGACCGUAAACGUCGGUGCGUUACAAGUAGGCUAUUUGUCCAUGGACAUGGAGUGUGGAAUCACAGCGAAUCGAAUGUGUUCGUAAGAGGGAAUCAGGACAAGUUGGCAACAUCUAGAAAACAUUUCUAAUUUUGGUCUCGAGUCAUUUCCAAACCACCAGCAGCGGACGAUACACAAACUCAUCUGAAAUGGGGAAAUCUGGGAAUCUGUGCUUAUCCCUUCUAGUCUUGAUAUUAUCCUGCCUCAAACACGGACUUGCGUUCAAUCUAGAUGUUGACAAACCUUCUGUUUUCACUGGUCCUCAAGGGAGCUAUUUUGGAUUUUCUGUGGAUUUCUUCAAACCGAGUAACAGGCAAUUAAACGUCCUUAUUGGCGCUCCGAGAGCAAUUGUGUCAACAAUCUCCAACGUGUCAGAGAGAGGGGCAGUCUACAGUUGCCCUUGGCAAACCGGGGAUGGCUGUAAGCAAAUACCGUUUGACAAUACGGAGGAUCGGACGAAUGACAACAACCAGCAGAUGGAAUUCAAGACCAACCAGUGGUUUGGAGCCACAGUGCGGUCAGAAGGGGAGCACAUCCUGGCAUGUGCACCUCUUUACCAGUGGAGCACAUACGGCCUUUCAGAGAGAGAGCCUGUAGGAACCUGCUUUCUGAAGAAAGGAUCCAACGUCGUUGAAUACUCCCCUUGUCGUUCAAGUUUCAACUCUCCAGAGGGCCAAGGCUUUUGUCAAGCAGGGUUCAGCGCAGACUUUGUGAAGAAUAACAGGGUGGUUGUUGGAGGACCUGGAAGCUUUUACUGGCAAGGUCAGCUCAUUUCAGACGACAUCUCUGAGAUCAUCGGCAAGUUCAACAACAAGUUUUACACCUCGUACUCCGGCCAGCUAACCACCAAGUCAGCUGGAGCCAUGUACGAUGACAGCUACUUGGGGUACUCUGUGGCUGUGGGUGACCUCAAUAACGAUGGGACUGACGAUUACAUUACCGGAGUUCCAAGAGGCGAGAAGGCACUGGGUUAUGUGAACAUUUUCGAUGGCCAGAACAUGGUGUCCAUGCUUAACUUCACUGGUGUUCAGAUGGCAGCCUAUUUCGGGCAUUCGGUAGCGGCCACUGACAUUAACAAUGACGGGCUGGUGGAUCUGUUUGUGGGGGCUCCCCUCUUCAUGGACCGUGGCUCCGACGGUAAGCUGCGUGAGGUGGGCCAGGUGUAUGUGUACGUGGGCAAGGGGGCCUUCAGCUUCCUGGGCCCCCAGAAGCUCACGGGCUCCGAGAUCUACGCCCGCUUCGGGAGCUCCAUCGCCAGCCUGGGAGACCUGGACCUGGACGGCUACAACGAUGUGGCAAUAGCCGCGCCCUAUGGGGGCCCAGACCACCAGGGCCUGGUGUACAUCUAUAACGGGCGUCCGGGGGGCCCGGAACCCUCGGCCUCCCAGGUGCUGGAGGGACGCUGGGCCUCGGCCUCCAUGCCCCCCAGCUUUGGCUACGCCAUGCACGGGGCCACCGACAUCGACCUCAACGGAUACCCAGACCUAAUCGUGGGCGUGUUUGGUGCUGACAAAGCAGUUCUCUACAGGGCUCGGCCGGUGAUCAGUGUGAAUGCCACUCUGGACAUCACGCCUCAGAUCCUGAACCCGGAGGACCGCAACUGCACACUGCCAGGCACCUCCACCGCCGUCUCCUGCUUUAUGGUGAAAUACUGCCUGAAGGCCAAGGGAAGAGGUGCCCCAUCAGAUUUGAACUUCCAGGUGGACAUUGUGCUGGACAAGUUGAAGCACAAGGGGGCAGUGAAGCGAGUGCUGUUCCUCCACAGCCGCCAGUCCUCCUACGCCAAGAACAUGACCGUCACCAACGGACGAACUCCAGGCUGCGAGGAGCUCCAGGCUUACCUGAUCGAUGACUCAGAGUUCAGGGAUAAGAUCACUCCCAUCGCCGUCUUCAUGGAGUACCGCCUGGACUAUAGGACUGCGGCCGACAAGACGGGCCUCCUGCCCAUACUCGACCAGUCCACACCAGCCAACGUCACCAAACAGGGUCAUAUAUUAUUGGAUUGCGGGGAGGACAAUAUCUGCAAGCCAGACUUGAAGCUGUCUGUGGUGAGUGACCAGAAGCAGAUCUACAUCGGUGACGACAACCCCUUGACCCUGGCGGUGACGGCUGAGAACAACGGGGAGGGGGCCUACGAGGCCGAGCUGCACGUCACCAUGCCCCCCCAGGCUGACUUCAUCGGGGUCGUACGCAACAGCGAGACUCUGUCCAGGCUGUCGUGCGCGUACAAGAGGGAGAACCAGACCCGGAUGGUGGUGUGCGACCUGGGAAACCCCAUGAAGGGCGGGACCAAGGUGGUGGCCGGACUCCGCUUCAGUGUCCAUCAGCUGGCAGAGCAGGACACCUCCGUCAAGUUCGACCUCCAGAUCGUCAGUUCUAACCAGUUCAACAACACUAGUAACCUCGUCUCCAGUGUGACAAAUCUGGCAGUCCUGGCCAAGGUGGAGAUCAGAGGCGUGUCCGCCCCUGAUCAAGUAUUCCUGCCCAUCGCCAACUGGCAGCCAAAAGACAACCCAGUACUGGAGGACGACAUUGGACCCCUCAUCCUCCAUGUCUAUGAGCUGCGUAACAAGGGGCCGAGCACCUUCAGCAAGGCCAUGCUGGACAUCCGGCUGCCGUACAAGUACAACAACGGCUCCCUGCUCUACAUCACCAAGUACACCGUGGACGGAGCCAUGAACUGCAGCACCGACAUGGAGAUCAACCCCCUCAACGUGUCCAAUCCUACAUUUUUGGACAAAAACGUGACCGUUGCCAGUGGAGACCGGUCGGAGAGCAGGAACCGUAACCAUGUCCACCGGCGAGACCUGGAACAGAAGCAGAUGGAAGGAGACCUGGAGCUGCUGGACUGUGAGAAGGCCAAGUGCCUGAAGAUCCAGUGCCGUGUGGGCCGCCUGGAGAGGGGCCAGAGUGCCAUCCUCUUCAUACGCUCACGUCUCGGGGUCGCCACCUUCCUCAAGGCUGAGUCCCAGAACCGCUCCUACAUCGUGAGGUCCUCGGCCACGUUCAACGUCAUCGAGAUGCCCUACAAGAACUUGGUGUCCGAGUUCCCAUCCAACAGCACAGCUGUGAACCUAGCGGUGAUCUGGGUGAAGACGGACUACACGCAGCCCGUGCCAGGAUGGGUGGUGGCCCUGGCUGUCCUGGCGGGACUCCUCCUACUAGCCCUGCUGAUCUUUGUCAUGUACAAGUUGGGCUUCUUUAAGCGAGUGCGCCCCCCACAUGGCGACAUGACGGAGAAGGAGCAGCUGCAGCCACAGGAGAAUGGCGACCGCAACACGGAGGCCUGAGAGGAGAGGAGGAGGAGGAGGAGGAGGAGGAGAAGAGAGCAGAGAGGAGGAGGAGGAGAGGAGAGGAGAGGAGAGGAGAGGAGAGGAGAGGAGAGAAGAGAAGAGAUGGAGUGAGGAGGAUAGAGAAGAGAGAAGUGGACCUCCGCAGCACUGUGUCAAUGCCAUGUCUCCCAAGACAGGACUGGGAAAACAAAAUCUCCCGUGGUUAAAUCACCAUGGGACAGAAACUACAGGUGUGUGUGUGUGUGUGCGCGCGCGCGCGCGUGUGUGUGUGUGUUGUGAGAGUGUGUUUGUGUGUGUGUGUGUUGGGAGAGUGUGUGUGGGUUUUGUAUGUGUGCACGAAAGUGUGAUUUUUGUUUUCGAGAGUCGCUUGGCCCAUUUGAAAAAUGUGGGGACAGAAUGACACGUACAAUGCAGUUCCUGGCCGACGCUGCCUGUGCAUAUACUAUACCCAGUAGUACUUCUUCGUUCGAUUGUGGACACUGGACAAGUGAUUGAUUUUUUUGGACUUCCCUACACUGUGCCAUCUCAUGACUGCCAUGGAGAAUAUGACGGAUGAGACACACAUUGGAAAAGAAAUCUAAGAAGUACUUUUUAGAAAAAAAUCCAUCAAAUGCAGUGGGUGUGUUUUUCAUUUGACAGUCCCUUGUACGGGGAUGAGUGCCAACCAUGUUUAGCCCGAUUCGCACGGGAUAAGUAUUACCUAGGGACCUCUGGUAAUUCACAAUUAGCCCCGGACGUCCAUGAUUUUUCAUGCCGCAUUCGGACGGGAUAAGCAAACGUCUUUUAUUCACUCAAUUCACAGACAUUGCAAGGGGGAUGCAACGGCGCGCAUAU